AUGACCCACCCACAGAAGUUGGUGUGAAAACGUCACCGCACUUCCGUUCCGUCCUUUUCUCUUUAGUCUGGCUGCCGUGCGGGAAAGCAAGAAGGCGCCAACAUGCAGAUCUUCGUAAAAACCCUUACUGGGAAAACAAUCACGCUAGAGGUAGAACCCAGCGACACUAUUGAAAAUGUUAAGGCCAAAAUCCAGGACAAGGAAGGUAUUCCUCCUGACCAGCAGCGUCUGAUCUUUGCUGGCAAACAGCUUGAAGAUGGACGUACGCUGUCGGACUACAAUAUCCAGAAGGAGUCAACCUUGCAUUUGGUGUUGCGUCUUCGUGGUGGUAUCAUUGAGCCUUCCCUAAGGCAGCUUGCCCAGAAGUACAACUGUGACAAGAUGAUUUGCCGCAAAUGCUAUGCAAGGCUCCAUCCUCGUGCUGUAAACUGUCGCAAGAAGAAGUGCGGACACACAAACAACCUGCGUCCCAAGAAGAAGCUCAAAUAAACAAUUUAUCAACUACUAUUGUUUUUUGAGAAAUAAAAACAUUACAGGAAUUUCAAA